CCACAGGCAAUCUUGAAAGGUCUGAAAAAGAAGGGAAUUGUUCACCCAACACCCAUUCAAAUCCAGGGGAUUCCAACCAUUCUCUCAGGCCGGGAUAUGAUCGGUAUCGCCUUCACUGGGUCAGGGAAGACUCUGGUGUUCACCCUUCCCAUCAUCAUGUUCUCUCUGGAGCAAGAGAAGAGACUGCCCUUCUGUAAGAGCGAAGGUCCCUACGGUCUCAUCAUCUGUCCCUCAAGAGAGCUGGCUAAACAGACCCACACCAUCAUAGAAUACUACUGUAAGCUGCUGGAGGAAGAAGGGGCUCCACAUAUGAGAUCAGUCCUCUGUAUAGGAGGCAUGUCUGUCAAAGACCAGAUGGAGGUGGUCAAACACGGCGUCCACAUGAUGGUGGCGACGCCCGGCCGUCUGAUGGACCUGUUGCAGAAGAAGAUGAUCAGUCUGGAUAUCUGUCGUUAUCUGGCUCUGGACGAGGCUGACAGAAUGAUAGACAUGGGCUUCGAAGAAGACAUCAGAACUAUCUUCUCCUACUUUAAGGUAUGGAUAUAAACUGGUUUAAACCAG